AUGGUAACUGCCAAACGAAACUUUCGCAAACACACCAUUGACUACUUGGCUGAUCACGGCUUCCCCUACGACCUGAUGUCAACAUUACGCGUUCAGCAAAAAAAAAAGGCCACAAUCGUGGCCAAGAGGCCGGUGCCAUAUUUGAGGUGUAGGGGCCACGAGUGCCCGUCCGAUCUGGACGUACGCAAAAUCAAUUACCUGUACAAAUGCAAGAACGGAAAGUCUGGUUUCUACGGCCCCGGUAGGGGUGGCGGCGCCGACUACUACUGGCCAACUAAAUCGGCCGGUGGUGUCGAUGGUAUGGGCGAUGGAGGCAAUAAAAAUAUCCACAAAUAA